AAAGAACUCUUAACAGAAGAAGAGAAAAGAGCGAACCAUAUCGCAUCUGAACAAAAGCGAAGAAGUACCAUUCGAAACGGGUUCAAAGAGCUCAGCGAGCUUGUGCCCACUCUCAAGAACAUUAAUAACUCAAAAAGCACUGUCUUGUUUAAAGCAGUUGAAUACAUAAAGUACUUGGAAAAGAGGAAUAAUUCACUAAGAGACAAAAUU